CUUUGCUCAACUUAUCCGUCACGGUUAUUAUUGAAGUUUGCCGUCUGUAGUCUGGGAGUAUUGAUGUGUAGUCAGUUAACCAAGUACUGCUCCGUAUCUCAAAUUAUUGUCAAUAUCAAAUAUGCAACGCAGAUCCUUUUCAAUAUCUAUAGUCUCUAUAAUGCAUCAUAUGUUGUCCUAUCGAUUUCUAUUUCACUGUUUUUUGUCCGGUGAGUUUUGGAGUGGUUGUUCACAUUUAUAUAUAAUCCACGCCGAUAUCAAUUCAACCAGACCAACGACAUGGUGAUAAAAUGAAACAUGGCAAUUGCCUCAAGGCCAUCGCACCUUGCAUAAUUUAAUUUAAUUUAAUUUAAUUUUUCAUUCAGCACGAUAUUAACCCGUGAUGCUAUCGAAUGAUGAUCAUCACCCAUGUCCAAUCAUCCCAACCACCUAUGCACCGUAAUUGUCAAAAGAUAUACUCCAGCAACUUUACGACAUCCCGAGCAUGUUUACAAUAAGCAUGAUACCAAGCCAAAUACUCGGUCUGUGACUGUCAAUCAGACUAGCUUAGCGGACGAAGGUAUACCCAAUGUCGUUCGUGGUCGAGAGCAAAGCCCAGGGGUGCAUAAUUCCAAUCGUCCAUGGCUUCCAGACCAUUUGAGCUUCCAAUUGGACCUGACCUGGUCUUGGUUAUCCGAGAUAUUUUUGACAAAUGUGCAUGCAGUCUCUAGUCACGCCUUGUGGACCCAAUUGCUUGAUUUCCGAGACUAUGUCUCAGUUUCCAGAUCGCAACUUAUAACUGGAGGAGGCUUCCCGAGUCAUUGCGUAGGAAUACUAGAAUAUUACUCAACAACACCCGACAACAUAGACAUUGGGGAUGUGUAUGAUCGUCUUCUGUCCACCUUCAUCAUUAUUGUUUGGUCAAGGUUUGGAGCCGGUUGAUUGCCGGUUUGCAGCCGGUCAGUUGAGUUCAACGAAUAUACAGAAACGUAAUUGUGAAGGUAACGGGUUGGAACGCAGAAGGUGUUGAAUUUUCGACAGACGGCCAUGGGGGAGGGGGGAGGGAGGAAGGAGUGUAUCAGUAGUCAGGAUUGUAUGAGAGGAUCGACUUCAGGGAUCCAUCCUGAAUCCCCAGACCGCAAAUAUUGACACAGAC